GACACCUUUCCCACACACCGCCCGACACAAACAACACAAAAGCCGCCUCUAUUGUGUUGUGUGUGUUUGUUUGUUGUGGAACAAGUCGUAGCUGGUGGUGUGCUGUGCCAUCCGUGGACCAUCCCGACUUUGUGGAGGCUGUGCAAGCUGGUGGUAUCAUCACAUCUUCACAUCACGCCUGCUGCGCAACAACGCUAGCAGGAAGCAAGCAAGCAAGGCAAGGCAAGCGAGCAGACAAAAACACACCACCAGACAACGGCAGCAUGAAGCUCAAGACGGGUCGUGCUGCCGCCAAGUUCCUCAAAGCCCUGCCAGAUGCCAACGGCACCAUUGAAAUCGGGGAUCACAUCAGCGGGCAGGUGUAUGAGGCCAAGUUCCUUGGCACCAAAGAGCUUGUCGCUGUCAAGGUGUGCGAGGUCGCUGUGCACCACGACGAUGACGUGGAGCGUGUCUGCAACGAGAUCCAGGUGCUGGAGGCACUGCAAGAGGUUGACAAUGUGGUUCGAUUCCGCGGCGCGUACCAGAGCGCUUCCCUCUCCUCCAACUCCAAUUCCAGUGACACCACGCUGACGGUGCUGGUGGUGACGGAGUACUGCGACUACGGCUCGCUGCAGGACUUUGCACGCCACCUCCGCAAGGCCGCAGCAGGCAACAACAUCUCUCCAACACACCCCAUGGCCAACGGCCUGGACGAGAACACCAUCGCGUACAUUCUUCGCGAAGUCCUCAGGGGCAUUGCUGCAAUGCACUCGCGUCACCUCAUGCACCGCGACAUCAAGGGCGGCAACGUGCUUGUGCGGUCAAGCGGCGACAUUCUCCUGGCAGACUUUGAUACUGCCGCCAGUUUCAAAAAGGACGAGAAAAUGACCGGAUUCGGCGUUGUUGGCACGCCGUACUGGGCCGCGCCAGAGAUUGCUGCAUGCGCAUACCCACCGGGGUAUUCGUACGACGAGCGGUGUGACGUGUGGUCGCUGGGCAUCACCGCCAUUGAGGUGGCACAGGGCGGUCCCCCACUGCUCGGUCGCGUUGAUCCAGAGCAAGCAGGCGACCGUGUUCUCAAACAGCCGCCGCCCGCACUUGCAGACAGCGAGCACUGGACACAGACGUUCAAGGACUUUGUAUCGGAGUGUCUGGUGAAAGACUUUGAGCACCGGCAGCACGCGUACGACCUCCUCCAGCACAAGUUCAUGAUUGGCAUCGACGAGCAGGCAGCAAAGAAUGCCAUUCGUGCGCAUCCGUACUUCAAAGUGUCGAGCGAGGAUGUGACGGACCGGGAGGCGAACGCAAUCAUGAACGACGCGCGCAGAUCCGUUGUCGGCGACAAACUCCCCUACCGCGCCACAGACAAUUUGGCGCUGGCCGAUGACUUGACGGAGGAAUACAUUGUAAACACGCUUGAAACGCGUUUCAUGUCAUCGGUCAUCUACACGCACGUGGGCGACAUUCUGAUUGCCAUGAACCCGUACAAAAACGUGCCCCUCUACACAGAAGACUUCAAGAACAGCUACUCGCUCGACCGGACGAAACCCUCCACACGCCCACACGUGUUUGAGGUGGCGCUUCGGUCCUUCAAGGCCAUGGUCCACGAAGGCGUCAACCAGAGUUGCGUGAUCAGCGGUGAGAGCGGUGCGGGCAAGACAGAGACGGCCAAGUACUUUAUUCGUCACCUCCUCGACCUCAGCAGCGGCGGGGAUACGGGCCUGGCCGCCAAGUAUGAGGUGAUGCGUUUCGCCCUGAACGAAAUGCUCGAGGCAUUCGGCAACGCGCAGACACGCAUGAACCGCAACUCGUCGCGGUUUGGCAAGUAUGUUGAGAUCUCGUUUGACCGCCACCACCACGCUGUCGGCGCCCGCCUCUCCCAAUACCUCCUCGAGAAGUCCCGCGUCGUGCGUCAGAGCGAGAACGAGCGCAACUUCCACGUGUUUUAUUACGUCAUGGCCGGCCUGUCCCAGCGCCAGAAACGCGAUCUUGGCAUUGAGGGCGAUGUGAAGGACUUUGCAUACGUCAACGGCGGCGUCACCUCCCUCCUGCGUGCGAAUGGGCAGUCGCCAACGGUGCAGACAGGCCCACCGCGCGCGAGCGACCAGUACAGCGAGCUCGUGGACGAAAUGCAAAAGGCAGGAUUCUCCUCCGCCGAGGUGAAGGACAUUGUGUCCACCCUCGCCGUCAUCCUGUGCACCGGAAAUGUGGAUUUUUCCUCCAGCAAGUCCCCGCUCGCCUCCAACCUCGAUUACGAAACGUUCUUUGACCUUGACGUCACGGGGUCCCUGGAGAAAGUUGCCAAGCUGCUUGGGGCGGACAAGGAGGACCUUGGGUCCGCGCUCUGCUCGACGAUCAUGAUUACGCGUGGCGAAACAAUCUUCAAGAACAACUCCACCGCCACCGCACGCGACGCUCGUGAUGCCAUGGCCAAGGCACUGUACGGGAAGCUCUUUUCCUGGAUUGUCAACCGCGUCAACGAAGCCCUCUUCCUGGACUACAGCGCCACUGAGGAGUCGACGAUUGGGGUGCUGGACAUCUUUGGGUUUGAGAAUCUGCAAACGAACACGCUGGAGCAGCUGUGCAUCAACAUCACCAACGAACACUUGCAGUCCUUCUUCAACGAGCACAUUUUCGCUUGGCAGGCCAAGGAAUUUGCGCAAGAAGGCAUUGACGCGACGCUCGUUGGGUACGAGGACAACGCAGCGCUGAUCACGCUGCUGAUGGGCAACCCCGUCGGGCUGCUCAACCUUGUUGAUGAGGAGUCGCGCUUCCCCGCCGCCAGCGACCGCAGCCUGAUCCAGAAGCUCCACAUCCACUGCAGCACGAACAACGGGCUGUAUGUGAAGCCGCAGGACAGCAAGGCGCUGCACUUCACCAUCAACCACUUUGCAGGCGACAUCCAGUACGACGUGAGCGGGUGGAUCGAGAAGAACAGAGAUACGCUGACACCGUCGGUCGUGAGUCUGCUGCGUGAGAGCAAGAACAAGCUCAUCCGCCUCCUCUUCUCCACGUCCCAGUCCGAGACGGGCGCGCUUGUUGCGCAGGACAACACGUCGCGUGUGCAGCAGCGGCAGGAGAACGCGCGAGAGAUGAUUGCGGUGCUGCGACGGUCCAUCUGGCGCCGCACACCGUCUGCCCCAGACCGCUCGCAGCUCAUGGACAGGAGGAUGAAGCAGAAGAAGAGCCAGCAGCAGCAGGACGGCAACGGCAUUGGCAACGGGCAGGCGGGCGCGCCGCGGCCCCGCAAGACACCGAGCAUGGUGCUGGGCCAGACGUCCUCCAAGCGGAUGACGCGUCUCGAUUCGAUGCCCUCAUUGCCGCUGACGAAGACGGUGAAGAAGGGCCCGGCCACCGUGUGCGGACACUUCAAGGCGUCGCUGGUGGAGCUUGUGCUGAAAUUGGAGCAGACGCAGCCCAACUUCAUCCGCUGCAUCCAGCCCACACGGCAACAGGUUCCAAAUGUGUUUGAGCACAAACACGUGGAGCGCCAGCUGCGGUACACGGGCGUUUUGCAAACGGUGAAGAUUCGUCAGGAAGGUUACGCAACCCGCGUGCCUUUUGCGGAGUUUCUUCAGCGCUACCGCGUCGUGCACUUUGAAUACAUGGAGAAGAUCACGGACAUGCGGGGUGCGUGCCAGGAGGUGCUGAUGCACGUGUCAUGCAACCCUGGCGACUGGCAGCUGGGCCACAGCAAGGUGUUUAUGCGCUACAACGUCGUGGCAGAGCUGCUCAAGAUCCUCGAAUUCCACCACAUGAUGGGUCUGCGCAUCAGCCGCAUGGUACGGCGGUUUCUGUUCCGCUGCCGGUUUCAGCGGCUGCUGCGCCGUCUGCGCGAAGACGAGAAGCGCGCAAAGGAGGAAGCAGCGAGGCGCAAGCGCGAGGCAGAGGAGGCAGCGAGACGCAGGAAGGAGGAGGAGGAGAGGUUGAAGAAGCAGGCCGAGGAAGCAGAACGCAAACGGCAGCAAGAACUCAAGCGCAAGGAGGAAGAGGCAAAGCGACUUGAGCAGACAAAGGCCUUUGCGGAGUCGACUGUGGGCAGCGUGCUGCAGAUGGCACGCGGUGUUGCGGCGCAGACGCUGCUGAUGCUGGCGGAGGCGGCCAACCUCCCCGAGACCGACGAAGCGGAUGUGGAAUCCGAGGCCAGCAAAGCCCGGACACUGAACCGCCGCUCACACAUGGGCGCCUCUGUGCGGUCGCUGGCGGCUCUGCAGAGCAACGCGGGCAUGCUGGUGGUGAAGAACGUGGUGGAUGACAUGACGCAAGAGGACCUGUCCAGUGGUCCUGCGUGCAUGGGGCCGAUGCUCAGCGAAGAGCAGUUCAAGCAGCUUGACCAGCGGCUCCUGGACGUGUCCCAGCUGCCAGAGGGCGUGCUGCCGCUGUGCAGAUACAAGAACGUGCUGCCCACACCGGCCACGCGCGUGCGGCUGCCGUCACUCGCUGUUCGCGGCAUCCCAGUGGAGCAUGCGGAGUUCAUCAACGCCAACUGGGUACGGGACUGGACGGGCGAGCGGCGGUACAUUGCGACGCAGGGGCCCAAGCCCAACACCGUGGAGCACUUUUGGCGCAUGGUGUGGGAGUACGACUGCCCACUCAUUGUGAUGGUGACGUCGCUUGUGGAGAACGGGCGCAUCAAGUGCCACCGGUACUGGCCCGAGUUCUCUGGCGCCAAGGGCAGCGAGCUCGUGUCAAAUGUCAUGGAGCUGGACUGCGGCAUGCUGGUUGAGGUGGAGGAGGUAGAGCGAUACCGGGAGUACGCCAUCACAUACAUCCGCCUGCAGUGGAACAACACGGAGAAGUUUGUGCGCCACAUGCACUUGCACCACUGGCCGGACUACGGCGUGCCAAAGUCCACGCGCUCGCUCGUGACGUGUGUUGAUGUGAUUCGCGACAUCAUGAACCGCGCCGAGGACGACAAGCCGCUUGUUGUGCACUGCUCCGCUGGCAUUGGCCGCACGGGCAUUGUCCUGUCUGUGCUGAUGGGCGUUGAAGUGUUGCUUGCACGCCAGCGCCUGCACAUGCCUGCCAUUGUGCAAUCGCUCCGUUGCGACCGUGGCGGCAUGAUGCAGACGUUUGAGCAGUACGAAUUCUCAUUCAAGGCGCUGGGGGCAUAUGCGCGUCGCGAGGCGUUCAUGGCGUACCUGAUGAACAACACGGACAAGCAGCAGCAGAUUCUGGAUAUGGUGGCUGACGUGCUCAAGACCCCCGUGCCUUCCGUCUCACAGUCCGUUCCGCCCGCCAACGCAUCCGAGCAGGAGAUGAUGCGUGCGCAGAUUACGCGCUUCUGCGAGUUUAUGCACAGGGGACAGGCUGAGCCCGUGCUUGGCUUCCCAGAGCUGUCGGCGUUCUGUCCUGGCUGGCACCUGCAACGCGACGUGUACGCGCUCUCGCUCGCAGAUCCCAGCGCGGAAGCGGCGAGAGGCGGGAAACACCGGCGUAAGAGCAGUACGGGCAGCAGCGUGCACUCGACCGCAGAGACACGUGCCCAGAACGACAACGGCGGUGGUGGUGAUGGUGGCGAGGAUGGCGAUGGCAAUGAUGAUGGUGGUGGUGACAGCGAGCAGCCGACAGAGUCUGCCGUGAUCCCCUUCCACGAGCUGCUGUUUGUGGACGAGGAGCAAUCCACCACCAUGCGCAAGGGCGUGAUGCAGCCUGUCAUCCGCCUGCGUGCGGGCUCGGGCAACGCCGGUGAGGGCCAUUCCCUUAACCUGCUCCCCUUUGCACACGCGAGCAAGAAGUACGCACUGAACCUGGAUGGUGAGGGCGUGUUCCUCAUCACAGAUCCGCGGGAUGGCGACGUGUAUGUCGUCAACAACACCUUCCACGAUAUCCGUGUUCGCAGCAUCGAAUCCUCCGUUGCUCUCUGGAUCCCAGGCCACCCGUGCAUCAACGCCAAGCGAGCGCGACUGGUGUGCGCUGGACAGACGAUCCGGCUGUUCAACACAGACACGCUCCGCCACGCCAUGUCGCACGUGAUGGGGGCGCACAUGGACAAGGGCAAGAAGGCCCUCAUGCACGCCGUGUCCAUGUGCCAGGCAGACAUUCUGCUCCACCCAACAAAGCACACCAAGGCUGUGAUUCGCGUGCACUACCGGGCGGCAGCAGCAGAGAUGGCGCGCUGCUUCGACGCCAUUCUGGACUCGCGUCGUCCAAACCAGCGCCGGCGCUCUAGCGUGGUGGAGCUGCUCGGCUCGCGGUGGUUUGAGCUGAACAAACUCGCUGCCGACCGCCCCAUCUCCCGUGCUCCGUCACCUGUCAACGAUGACAUGUUUCAGGGGCAUGACGUCACGGCCACGCUGGCCCCGCCCACUGGCCGCGAGCCGCUGUUUGGCGCAGAGGAGGAGCCACCGGCGCUUGGCGUGAACGGGCAGCCCGUCAUUGCGACAGACGCAGACGCACCAGCACCGCCGCCACGCAAGCGAAGCAGUGCCGUCAUCACCACACGCCCGCUGCAGCAACAGGAGGGAGGUACAAAUGCAAGUGCAUCCAGCACCACCACUGCUGCCAGUGCGAAUGCUGACAAGGACAACGAGAAGGCAAGCAGUGGACGUGGUGAACACAACAACAAUGAUGAUGAUGCCAGCGUCUCUGUGGGCCAGCUGCCAGCGCGGCCCGUUGCGCGUCGUGGCUCCAUCCAAGUUGAGGGCGACAGCGCGGGCGCGAACGUGGCUGACUUCCGGCGCAAGCUUCGGCGCACCAGCAACGUGCGGCUGAUGGAGGCAACGCCAGAGAUGCACGCGGCAGCGACGGUGCUGCAGGCUGCUGUUCGCGGGUUCCUGGAGCGCUUUGAGGUGCGCGCACGCAAGAACCGCGACAGACGCAAGAAGUCGUUCAUGUUCUUCCACGAACAGGCCGGCCCGCAGCAGCCACAACAGGGCAAGGCGGCACCGCUUGUUGAGGUGACACGCCGCAACUCUCGCAGCGUGCUGUUAAAGCAGAAGGUCUCUGAACGGCAGCGGCCGGAGCCAAAGAACACGAAGCAUCUCGAGCCGAAGGUGGAGCGUGCCACCAUCCUCAAGUUCAAACGCCCGCCAAAGAAGAAGAAGCGCAAGUCGAAGCCCAAGGUUGAGGAGGAGGUAUCUGUAGAGAAGCUGUUUGGUGUGCAGCUGCGGAAGACGUCCAAUGCAAAGGUCGAGCAGGACAUUGCAUCCGCACAAGCACUCGCAUCACCGCCGCAGCAGCGCCGCAGCAGCGACAUUGAGCCAAUUGCAGAGGCGUCAGAGGCUGAGGAGCAGGCGGACACACAACCCGACAAUACUCGAAGCGGUGGCUCAGCACAGGAAACAGCGCAAGAACAAGCGGAGCGGAAGCCAAAGCAGGAAGAACAGCCAGAGCCUGAUGAACAGCAGCAACAACAGGAAACAGUGGCACCACCGCCACCGCCACCACCAGCAGCGCCCUUAUCAGUCGCAGAGACAACAGCAGCAGCAGCAGCAAAUCAGCAACAACAACAAGAGAAGGAAGAGCAGGCAAAGAAGACAAAGGUUGUGCCACCCGCCACACCCACACCGCCAGCCGAGGAAGCGACAACACCACAGCAGCCAAAUGGGGAGCAGUCAACACGUGUUCCUGAUGGGUGGUCACCUCCACCAGAUACAUCAUCGCCGCCGCUGCCGCCACGCGUCAACUCUGCGCCAAAACGCCGCCGCUCAAGCAGACUGCUGCGCCGGCGCUCCAAGAAGGGGUCAAAGGCAGACAAUACCACCAGCACCAAUGAUGGUCAUGAUAGCGGUCAUGUGGAGAGCGCGGCGUCGCCCCGCCCACGCCGAGACGAGGGCAACAGCAAAGCCGGGAAGUCACCUGCCCGCCGCCCUAGUCUUCUUCGUCGUCUCUCAACACGCAAGAACUCGAAGCGCCGCAACAGCGCGACGAAGCGCAAUUCGAUGGACGGCUUGAGCGAGGAGAAGGACAGUGAUGAGGAGAGCGAACCGUUUGAUGCGCUCUUGGAUGAGAUGGACGACGACACAAAGGCCUUCUUUCAACAGCUCGAAGCCAACAGAGCCGAGCGAGAGCGGGAGGCGGAACAGCGGCGGCUUCAGCUCGCAGCGGAGGCCGCACUGCAGCGACAAAAGGAACAGGAGGAGCUGAACCAGGAGCUUGAUGCAAUUCGACGACGGACGGAAGCCGAGAUUGCACGAGAGGAGAAGGAGCGCGACAAAGUUGUUGAAGAGACGCAGGGCAGGCUGCAGGAAAUGACAUUCGACUUCACCUUCAACUGACGCGCAGGGCACACACGCGCACAUGGAGACGGGUGCAUGUGCGCAGCUAUUCAUUGUCUCAUUGUCUCAUUGCCCACUGCCACUGAAGGUCGUCGUUUCUUCUUUCGCGCAUUGGGUGCAGUUUUACCUCAUGUUCGCGUAUUUCUCUUUGCUUUUUUUUUUCCCCUUUGUUCCUCGUGUUUCCAUCGUCUGUGUGAGAGUGCUUGCACUUGAUCCAUUUCCUAAACAGCAUGUUCGUCACGCCUUUGCUCGUAGCCCCUACUUUCAUUCCUGCGCGCCGCCACCCGUUUGAAGCUUUGCCCAGGUUUUCUCCUCGACUGUUUCGCUUGCUUAGAUCUCCCAUCUUCAUGCAUGCAUCCAUUAUCAUCCUUAUCAUUCAUUAUCAUUGACAUGCACCGUUUACUUUGCUUUGCCUUUGCCUUUUGCGUUGAUGAGUGUUUCAAGAGGAGUUGUCGCUGAUUCAGUUCAAUCGUUUGCAAGGGUUGUCGUGUUGGAUGCACACUGCAUGCAAGCGUGCACGUGUGUGUGUGUGUGUGUGCGCGUGUGUGUGUGCGUGUGUGAGUGUGUGUGUGUGUGCGCGUGUGCGUGCUUGCGGGUUGUUGCUUCUCGUAUCUACACGUUGCCAUUUGUGGAGUGUGGGGAGGGGCGUUGGGUCGUUACAGUGUUGCUUUGGGUUUCUCAUUUGUUGUUGUGAGCAGCCCAAUAAGACACAAAGCACGCAAGAAGAAGGCAAG